UAGUAACAAAAAGAAAAUCAAAAGAGCAAGAUGAGACAUGUAAAAAUUCUUUCAUUUUUCGUGUUAUUCUUAAUAUUUAAUAUCAUUAAGUCAGCACCAACGGGAGAGACAAAGUCAUUAUACAAUGUCCUUAAAAGUGAUAAACGAUUCCAAAAGCUUUUUAAGGAAAAAUUUGUCCUCGAAUGUGAAUCGAAUCAACCAAUUUGUACAGCACUAAUUGAUGUCACUUUACGAUUCAAUGAGGCACAAAUUGACUUUGCAAACGAUGAAAUCCAUCAUGAAGAAGAGUUUUGCGAAUCAAACUUCAUCAAUAUGAUUCCAGACACACCGACAGUCGAGGAAACAUCAUUGCUCAUGAAAUCAUUCAAUCUUACUUGGCUCAAGGACAUCCUUAAGCAGAAUGACGGUAAAUUGUGUAGUGAACAAUGCACGUACAAAUCAUUUGAAGAUUACAGCAGUAAAGCAAAACCUGUUUGCUUCUUCAUCUACGAUCAGUACAAAUUAUUAGCUUCUAGAAUCGACAGCACUAAAAAUAGCAAUAAGACAGUCGAAAAAAAUGAAUCGAUAAGUGUUGAACAUAAUAAAGUCAAUGACUCAUCGGCACAAUUGCCAGCAAAAGGAAAUGUCAUUUCAGAGGCUGGAACACUUGUUGACGUAGUUGCGGCAAAGAAACCUGUCUCGAUGCAAAACAUAACGGUAAAUAAGACAGAAUCAAUGGCAGAACAAGUUCACGUUGAGGAACAAGUAAAGACAACAUUAAACGAGACAAAAAAUAUCGAUGAAUUACCGGCACAAGUGACAUCACCAAUUGUUGUCACACAAGCAGGCAAAACAGAAACAGAACAAGUGAAAACAGACACAAAAACAGCAAAUAUCAAUUUAGAUGAUGAACAGUCUGCAUUGGCUGAUAAUGCAGUGUUUGAUGAAAAUCCAAGUACGGAUAAGGAAGUAGAAACAAAUUUAGAUGUUGAUGGUGGUGUCAAUGGUGAUGAAGACGAUGAUGAAAUGUACCCAGUUGAUUUUCCAUUACGUGACAAUAAUCAAAAUUCAAACAAGUUCCAACAAGAACAAUUGACAGAUGUUGAGCCACAUGACAGCGAUAGUCCACAACGUGUGCAGUCAGCACCGUUUGAGGAGGAUCCAGAUUCAAAUUUCUUUACAUACCUUUGUAUUAUUAUGUUCCUAACAAUCGUCCUCUACAUCCUUUAUCAUAAUCGUCACAAGAUCCUUGCAUUGCUUCUUGAGGGACGUCAAGGACGUAACUCAAGACGAGCUCGUUCACGAGGUGGCAGCAAAGCUGCUUAUAGUAAAUUAGACUGCAAUUUAGAGGAAGCAAUUACGAGUAAAAAGAGUCUGAGUGGCAAGUCAAUGGAUAUAAUUUAUUAAGAGAAUCUUUGAUUUUUAUUAUUAUUAUCAUCUAGUUCCGCUGCUCAAGCUUAUGCAGUCUUAUCUUUGAUUCCUCUCCAAACUUUUCUUUUCUUUUUUAAGUUGUCAAUGACUAAAUUUUUGUAGCCUGUAAGGACUUAAGAUUAACGCAAAAAAAGAGGGAUAUGAAGC